AACAACUUCCGCCAGCGGGGCCGACUCUCAGACUUCUGAAAGUUGCUGAAUCUAGGAUCACCAACUUAUCCAAAUUCAGUUGUGUCAAGAUGGAGAAUGGUGCACCUUCUGAAGGGAAAGAUCCCUCGGCUUUCCUUGGCGAAAUAAUCGGUGCUCCAGUGACUAUUAAAUUGAACUCCGGUGUUGUUUAUAAAGGUGAACUGCAGUCUGUAGAUGGCUACAUGAACAUAGCUUUGGAGAAAUCUGAAGAGUUUGUCAAUGGCCGAUUAACACGAAGCUAUGGUGAUGCUUUCAUCCGCGGCAAUAAUGUGCUGUACAUAUCCGCAGAUUGACGAAUUAAACCGUUAAUAUCACCUCGAUCCUCCGAAGGACUCCGAAGGAGAUUUGCGAGUUCUUUACCAAUUCAACAAAUUCUGAGGGACCAUCGCCUUACUCGACCCUUGCGGUAGAGGGAACCAUGAAGGAAAGCAUUGCCGUGGUAAUGAAUUGAAUUGCGGAGAAUUGGGUUCGAGCUUGAAGGCCAGUGCAAGUUCUGUGCGGACUGGGUAAAUCUCACACCUCUCCCUGGUACAGUGCCCUAUGGAGAUUAGCAAAUCAAGUUCAGCGACUUAGGCCAGAGACAAAACAUAAUCAACUGACACGGUCUCUGGUGCACAUCUUUAUCACAUAGAAAGGGUCACUAGAAAUAGGUGGAGACGUGGUAGGGGCUAAGUUAC